GCGCUCCUCCAGUUAACCCGCCAGGUGGGCGGAGGUCAUCACACCUGACGCCAAUUUAAACCUGACUUGGCAAACAUGGCGUGUUUUCUCACUGACCGCAGCUGGAUACAGCAUGGCAACACGCGUAGACACGGCGCUGCACAGCCCGUCGGAGGCGAGGGGAUGGUCGGUGCCUCUUUGGCCAGGCCACUGUGAGCCCCCACUGGGCCCUCUGACACCGCCGGGUCAUCACUCUUAUGGGCUGGAGCCCUGGCUCCUCCCAGGUUGCAGUUCUGUGUAUGACCGUUUGGUCAGUAACUCUGGAACAGCACCGCCACCCCCGCCUGAUCUGAGCAGAGAUGUUGACGCAGGUGACGUCACGCAAAAGCCUCGCAGAUCUUCAAUCCUGGAGCGAUGCAUCCUCAGGAUCUCCACUGCCAGCGUUGCCGUGGGAACGGAGGACGACCUCUGUCCACAUCCACAGGACAUGGAUGGGCUCGGGAGGGCUCAGUCAGAGGGGCACCAGGGCCCCCGAUCUCUGGACCCGUCCCGCUGCGAAACCAACGAGGCCGUCCUGAAGCGUCGGCAGAAACAGAUCCAGUACGGCAAGAACACCUGCGGCUACCUCAACUACCUGCAGCAGGUGCCAAAGCGGUUGCGUCUCCCCGGGCUCCACCCUCGCACCCCGAACAAGUACCGGCGGUACAGCCGGCGCUCCUGGGACCGGCAGGUCCGGCUGUGGAGGAGGGCCCUGCACGCCUGGGACCCCCCCUCCGCCAGCCCCCACGAUGCCUCUGGGCUUUCGCAGACCAGUGCGGAUUCACGCGACCCGGCGGACCAGCUACCGGAGCUGCUGGAGAGGAUGAACACGAUGCCGAGUUGCAGAGAGGGAGCGGGGGGGAGCCGGGCGGAUCCGACGGCCCCACUGCUUCCCCUAACAGCCCUACCUGCCCAGGUGGGUGCUCCUGGCCUCCCUGACCCCGCCCCUCGGCCUGCUGACCUGGCGUACUCCUUCAGCACCCUGCUGUCUCCUGAGGAGAAUGUGAUUGGCUGGCUCAGAUUCCUGCUAGAGUCCGACCACACCCAGCAUCUGCAGGAGGAAGGCUUCGUCCACAGCAGUGGCUACCAUGGAGACCAAAGCCACUGAGCUCCAGCCAUGCUGGAGAGCCUUACAGUCAUAACUUCCAUUUUCAGAGGGACUGUGCUGAUCAUGAAAUCAUCCUAGGUUUUUUCUCUUCUUCUUUCCCCCCCUAAAAUGUGGCACCACCUCCAAAAUAGUUCUGGUUCUACACUCACACACACGCUCCAUUUUUAGUUUUCCACUAUACACAUUGCUGUAACGUGACAUAUUUAAGAGCUGUUUGAAAUAAAUGGUAAAUUUGUACUUUUUUCGCCCCUCUCUCAAACUCCCCUGCCUAAGGUCAGCCCAGGCAGUCACUACACAAUUACAUGCUGUUAUUUCUCACUUUAAUAUGUAGUUUCUCAUCCUUCAUGUUCUGUUCUGCUCUGGGCCUGCCCAGUGCAUUGUGGGAUUGGAGCCACACCAGCAGUAUUUCAGUAUAGCCAAUGCCCUGUCUGUUUAGUCCUGGUUCUGUUUCACAAUUUUGGUCGUGUGUUUUGUUUUUCACCCAGCCCUUCCCUUUGUCUCACCAUUUUACCGUUUUUAGGAACUGAAUUCUUAAAAGGAAAAUGGGCUAAAAUGACACCUUGUUUUGUGUUUGUUUUUAGUUUUUUUAUUUCUUGCUUGUCUGUCAUCUUGUACUUGAGUACUGAUGCAAAGCAAAAUGAAUAAAAAGUUCAAUAUACAGCACAA